AGCUUCUCCUGGGCCGGCGCCAUGAGGCCUGGGCCCGCUCUCCUCCUUCUGGGCCUGGGCCUGAGCCUGAGCCUCGGCCGCCUCCCGCUGCCGCCGGCUUCUCGCGGGACACAAGCCGCCGUCCUCGGGGCGCCCGGGGGCCUCCUCAGGGGCGCCCCGGGCCUCGGGGUGCGCGGCGGCCGCGCCCUCCUCAGUCUGCGGCCCAGCGCGGUGCGGCCGGGCGGCGCUGUCCUGAGCGGCCGCGGCAGCCUCUGCUUCCCCCGUGGCGGGGCCGGGCGGCGCCGGUACUGCCUCGACUUGCGCGUCCUGCUCAGCGCCCAACGCCUGCCCCGGCCGGCCGCGCCCGCGCCCGCGCCCGCGCUCGUCGACCUGCAGCUCUCGGCGCGCGGAGGCCGCCUCUCCCUGACGUGGUCCGCGCCGCUGCCGCGCUCGCCCGGGCGCCUGGCCUGGGCCUUCCGCCUGCGGCUGCUCGGACCCGGCGCCGCCCACCCGGCCUCCUCGGCGGCCCGCGUCUCCCCGCGCUCCGCCGCGCCCGGCCCGCGGCCCCAGCCGGGCUUCGUGGCCCGCACCGAGUGCCCCACAGACGGCCCCGCGCGCGUGAUGUUGCAGGCCGUCAACUCGUCCAGCCACAGAGCCGUCGAGUCGUCCGUGUCCUGUCAGAUGAACGCCUGCGUCAUCCAGCGCGUGAGGAUCAACACGGACCAGAGGGGCGCCCCCGUGCGCCUGAGCAUGAAGGCGGAGGCCACCAUCAACGCCUCGGUGCAGCUGGACUGCCCGGCCGCGCGCGCCAUCGCCGAGUACUGGCAGGUGUUCUCCGUGCCCGCCGUGGGCCACGCGCCCGACUGGACGCAGCCCUUAGAUCUGCCCCAGCUCGAGAUCAGGAACAGCCCCUUGUUCAUUCACAUCCCCAGCAAUUCGUUACAGUGGGGAGUGUAUGUGUUUAAUUUCACGGUGUCCAUCACCACAGGGAACCCCAAGAUGCCCGAGGUGAAAGACUCGGACGCCGUCUAUGUCUGGAUCGUCAGGAGUUCCCUGCAGGCGGUGAUGCUUGGCGAUGCCGACAUAACAGCUAAUUUCGCAGAGCAGCUGAUUCUGGACGGGUCCACGUCCUCGGACCCAGAUGCGGACAGCCCGUUACAGGGACUCCAGUUCUUUUGGUACUGUACCACAGAUCCCAGAAACUACCGUGGGGAUCGAAUAAUCCUGGGGAGCAAGGAAGUCUGUCACCCCGAGCAGGCCAAUCUGAAGUGGCCCUGGGCCUCGGGCCCUGUGCUGACACUUUUGCCAGAAACACUUAAAGGCGACCACGUGUAUUUCUUCAGAAUGGUGAUUCGGAAGGACUCCAGGACAGCGUUUUCUGAUAAGAAGGUCCACGUGCUCCAAGGACCAAAAGCCAUAGCACACAUCACAUGUAUCGAAAAUUGUGAGAGAAACUUCAUUGUCUCUGAUAGAUUUUCUUUGUUCCUAAAUUGCACAAAUUGUGCAAGCCGUGAUUUCUAUAAAUGGUCAAUUUUGUCUUCUUCAGGUGGUGAGAUGCUAUUUGAUUGGAUGGGGGAAACUGUAACAGGAAGGAAUGGUGCUUAUCUGUCUAUAAAAGCUUUUGCUUUUCGGCAUUUUUUGGAAGCUGAGUUUUCGAUUUCUCUGUAUCUAGCAUGUUGGAGUGGAGUGACCUCGGUCUUCAGGCAUUCUUUUAUUAUUAACCAUGGCCCUCAGAUCGGAGAAUGCAAAAUUAAUCCAGCUAAAGGAAUUGCACUUAUUACUAAAUUUGUUGUCCAGUGUAGUAAUUUUAGGGAUAAGCACGUCCCUCUUACAUAUAAAAUAAUUGUUUCUGAUUUGCACAGUGUUGGUGAAAUCAGUUCAGUAAAAGAGAACACCCUGGGGACCAUCCUGUACUUGGGGCCUCAGUCCACAGCACCCCCUUCCUUUCUCCCUGUUGGUAUGUUGGCUAAUCAAUAUGCCUUGAAGAUAUAUGCCCAGGUCUAUGACUCUCUAGGAGCUUUUUCUCAGGUGACUUUGCAUGCCACCGCACAGGCUCCCACUGACAAAAAUUCAUCAAAGGCUGUGUUGAACCAGUUACUCAGUUUCACCAUGGGACCAAGUUCAUUGCUGUCUACUUUGAUUCAAAAGCACGAUUUUUUACCUGCAGGUUACUUACUGUAUAUAGUAGCUUCCGUUUUGAAUAACAUGAAAACUGAAUUACCUCUCCAAGAUGACAGAGUCAAACUCCGAAAACACCUCGUCGAUCAGUCUUUCCUUCUUCCUGUAAGCACUUUGGUAGAAAUUGGCCAGGUAGUCAUGACUAUUACCAAAUUAACCCAGAAACCCUCUGAAUUCACUUGGGAUGCUCAGAAACGUGCCACCAUGAGGGUAUGGCAAGCAAAUCAAGCCCUGCAAGAAUAUCAACAAAAAGAUAAACGCUUUCGAUCUGAACAAAUAGAAAUCGUGAGCACUGGAAUACUCAUGAGUUUGUCUAAUAUUCUUAAAAUGGCUUCUCCUCACCAAGUAGUUAAAGAUCCUUUCUAUGUAAUAGAAUCUCUAUCAGACACAAUACUGGCUAAUAAAGUGCCAGGGAACAAAACCACCUCAAUGAGAACCCCCAAUUUCAACAUGUAUGUCAAGAAAGUUGAAAAGUGGGGUGUUACCCAGGUCUUCAGAAAUGAGAAACACUGCAGAAAUUGUUUUUAUCCAACACUCAAUGUGAGCAGUGUUCCUGGUCUGUCUGCAAAUGGUCCCAUUUCUACAAUGUUUUGUGAUUUCACAAAUGACCCCUUUCCUUGGUUAAAUGAUCAGGAAAACACUUCGGUGGAGGUGUUUGGAUUCAGAAUGACAGGAGUUGCAGAUAACGGUAGUGUGCUAGAGAUCACACCUGACGUAGCGGAAGUGUACCUUGUCAGGAAAAACUUGACCUUUGCAGCUUUUAAUCUCACAGUGGGACCCAACAGAGAGGUUGAUGGGUCCUUGAAGAAGACGACAGGUGGGUUUAGCUUUCAAGUGGACAGCAGAGUGCUUAGGGAGGUUCUGGUCCACAUAGUAACAGAAGUGAUGGUGCUGUUCACAGUGUUGGUGUACACAGGCAGUCAGAUCACUCCUACAGCGCUGGUCGCCACCUUCCUGGUGCCUCAUGACAUCCCUCCAGUUGCCAGCCAGAGUGCCCUGUUUGACCCAGCCUGCACAGUGAAGAAGGCCCGUGUAGUCUGCCUCCCUGUCUCCCUGCUGCAACUCAUAGCUCAGCACAGCCACUCUCCCCACUGUACUGUAUCCAUAGUUCUUCAGGCACCUCGUUUUGUCAUGAAGCUCAAUGACAAGCUAGUGAGAAUUUCUAUUUUCAGCGUCCAGUGCUUAGACAUGUAUGGGAUCCAGAGUGAAUGGAGAGAGGGUUACUGCGUUCUUGGUGAGAAGACCAGCUGGCAUGAGGUGCACUGCAUCUGCAAGAAUGUAGUGAGGGCUAGGCGGCAGCUGGGCACAAUCGGACUCACCAGCAUUCACCUGCAUACCCACUAUGUGAUGGCCAAGGUGAUUGUGAUCCCUAAUCCUGUGAAUCUACGGUUAAAUAUCAUCAAGAGCCUUCACCAAAACCCCGUGACCCUCUUCACUGUGCUUUUCAUUAUUCUCUUAUACAUGGUCCUAGCUUUCUGGGCUUUAUACAGGGAUGAAAUAGAUCAGCAUCUUCGGGGGCAUGUGAUAGUUCUACCAGAUAAUGAUCCUUAUGAUAAUUUAUGCUACUUGGUGACUAUUUUUACAGGAAGUCGUUGGGGGUCUGGGACCAGGGCCAAUGUCUUUGUGCAACUUAGAGGAACUGUGAGUACCAGCGACGUGCACUGUUUAAGCCAUCCACAUUUUACAACUCUCUACCGAGGUAGCAUCAACACUUUCCUCCUAACGACAAAAAGUGACUUGGGGGACAUCCAUUCCAUCCGUGUGUGGCACAACAACGAGGGUCGAUCGCCUAGCUGGUAUUUAAGUAGAAUCAAAGUGGAAAAUCUGUUUAGCAGGCACAUUUGGCUGUUCAUAUGCCAGAAAUGGCUUUCUGUUGAUACCACUUUGGACAGAACAUUUCAUGUUACCCAUCCAGAUGAGCCUCUGACCAGAAAAGACUUUUUCUUUAUAGAUGUGAGUAGUAAUCUCCAGAAAAACCACAUGUGGUUCUCUAUUUUUGCUAGUGUUGUUGCUAAAACAUUCAGUAGGCUCCAGAGAUUGUCCUGUUGUUUAGCAAUGUUGCUUAGCUCUCUUCUUUGUAACAUUAUGUUCUUUAAUCUAAAUAGACAAGAACAAACUGAGUCAAGAGAGAGGAAGUACAUGAGAUCAAUGAUGAUAGGAAUUGAAAGUGUCUUAAUUACAAUCCCUGUGCAAUUAUUAAUAACUUUUUUGUUCACCUGUUCCCAGAGGAAACCUCAAGCAGAUCUAAAGGAGGUAUCUCCUCAAAAGCAUCCUCUAAUGUCAGAAGCAAGUGAGCACUGGGAAGAAUACAUGAGAAAGUGGCAUGCUUACGAAAUGGCUAAGGUGCACCCCAGGGAGGUUGCAAAACCUGCAUCUAAAGGAAAGCCCAGGCUUCCAAAGGCUUCUCCUAAGGCAACCUCCAAACCCAAGCACAAGCAUAGGAAAGCACAAAUCAAGACCCCAGAGACCCUCGGGCCAAAUACAAAUUCCAGUAACAGCAUAGAAGAUGAUCAGGAUGUCCAUUCCGAAAAGCACCCUUCCCAAAAGGAUCUCCAGCAGCUUAAGAAAAAGCCCCGGAUUGUCCUACCUUGGUGGUGUGUUUAUGUUGCAUGGUUUUUGGUUUUUGCUACUUCUAGCAUAUCCUCAUUCUUCAUUGUAUUUUACGGACUGACUUAUGGCUAUGACAAGUCAAUAGAAUGGCUCUUUGCAUCUUUUUGUUCAUUCUGUCAGUCAGUUCUUCUGGUGCAGCCAUCUAAAAUUAUACUCUUGUCAGGCUUCAGAACAAAUAAACCCAAGUAUUGCAAAAACCUUUCAUGGUCAACCAAGUAUAAAUAUACUGAGAUCAGGUUGGAUGGAAUGCGUAUGCAUCCAGAAGAAAUGCAGAGGAUACAUGACCAGAUCGUCCGAAUCCGACGCACGAGGAUGUACCAACCCCUUACAGAAGAUGAAAUCAGAAUAUUCAAAAGAAAGAAGGGGAUCAAGAGAAGAGCACUCCUGUUCCUGAGUUACAUUCUAACUCACUUUAUCUUUCUAGCCCUUCUGUUGAUCCUUAUCGUCCUACUACGUCACACUGACUGCUUUUACUAUAACCAGUUUAUUCGUGAUCGGUUCUCUAUGGAUCUUGCUACUGUGACUAAGCUGGAAGACAUCUAUAGAUGGCUAGACAGCGUGCUGUUGCCUUUGUUACACAAUGACCUGAAUCCAACAUUUCUUCCUGAAAGCUCAUCUAAAAUCCUUGGCCUUCCAUUGAUGAGGCAAGUGAGAGCAAAAUCUAGUGAAAAAAUGUGUCUACCUGCCAAAAAGUUUGUGCAAAACAGCAUCAGAAGAGAAAUUCAUUGUCAUCCCAAAUAUGGCAUUGACCCAGAAGAUACAAAAAACUAUUCUGGCUUUUGGAAUGAAGUUGAUAAGCAGGCUAUAGACGAGAGUACCAAUGGAUUUACUUAUAAGCCUCAAGGAAAGCAAUGGCUAUAUUAUUCCUAUGGACUACUACACACCUAUGGAUCUGGAGGAUAUGCACUCUAUUUUUUUCCAGAACAGCAGCGGUUUAAUUCCACACUGAGGCUCAAAGAACUUCAAGAAAGCAAUUGGCUGGAUGAGAAGACAUGGGCUGUGGUUUUGGAAUUAACGACUUUUAAUCCAGAUAUAAAUUUGUUCUGUAGCAUUUCAGUCAUAUUUGAGGUCUCUCAGUUAGGAGUUGUCAACACAAGCAUAUCUCUGCACUCUUUUUCACUUGCUGAUUUUGACAAAAAAGCUUCAGCAGAAAUCUACUUGUAUGUGGCCAUUCUCAUUUUUUUCUUAGCCUACGUUGUUGAUGAGGGUUAUAUCAUUAUGCAAGAAAGAGCCUCCUAUGUGAGAAGUGUGUAUAAUGUGCUCAACUUUGCUUUAAAGUGCAUAUUUACUGUGCUGAUUGUGCUCUUUCUCAGGAAACAUUUCCUGGCCACUGGCAUAAUUCAGUUUUACUUGUUGAACCCUGAAGACUUCAUUCCCUUUCAUGCGGUUUCUCAGGUAGAUCACAUCAUGAGGAUAAUUUUGGGUUUCCUGUUAUUUCUGACAAUUUUGAAGACCCUCAGUUAUUCCAGAUUCUUCUACGAUGUGCGCCUGGCUCAGAGGGCCAUCCAGGCUGCCCUCCCCGGCAUCUGCCACAUGGCAUUUGUUGUGUCCGUGUAUUUCUUCGUAUACAUGGCUUUUGGUUACCUGGUGUUUGGUCAGCAUGAAUGGAACUACAGUAACUUGAUUCAUUCCACUCAGACAGUAUUUUCCUAUUGUGUCUCAGCUUUCCAGAACACUGAAUUUUCCAAUAACAGGAUUCUGGGGGUCCUGUUCCUCUCAUCGUUCGUGCUGGUGAUGAUCUGCGUCUUGAUCAACCUAUUUCAGGCUGUAAUUCUGUCUGCAUAUGAGGAAAUGAAGCAGCCCGUGUAUGAGGAACCAUCAGAUGAAGUGGAAGCAAUGACCUAUUUGUGCCGUAAGCUGAGAACCAUGUUCAGCUUUCUGACCUCGCAAUCUAAGGCCAAAGAUGAGCCUGAGUUCUUUAUUGACAUGCUGUAUGGGCAGCCAGAGAAGAACAGACGCCGUUAUCUGGGGCUGAAGACCAGAAACAUCAAUGGGAAGAAAAUGGUUUACCUUGUUGUUUGAUGAAUGAUGGUUUCAUGAGUCACAAGCAAGCAUUCCCCCAAAUGCUGAGUCUGUGGGAUUAAGGGGAUUAGGGAGUGUCAGUGGCUUAGUCAUGCCUUCUACUCAUGUCCUUCACAAGGCAUAUCCCCUACAUUUGGAAGAAUCCCCAAUCUUGACCUCUGCUCUUGGGAGUGUAAAAGCUGGAGUGUAGUGUAGCAUCUGGGGAGACAGCAGGAUCACAGUGUGGGAUUCCUGGACUGAUUUCCCUUUAGAGGAGUUAUGUGACUCCCCGUACAAGGGCAACCCUGUUUCUUUGGUGCCUGCAGUUUAGAGAAGGCAGAGCCACUGGUUUUGAGAACCAGAUUUGAGAGAGGGACCUGGCCAGGGUGGAGCAUUGUCUGGGUGUUUCUGUGCUUGACCCAUGCUGGAAGCUAAUGGCCUGUUGCUCCUGACAGAGCCCCAAACUCCUCGGCCUCACUGGGAGGCCCCUUUGUAGACCAGGGCUCCCCUCCUUUUGUUCCCCCUGGGCUUAGGGCCUUGUGGGGAGUUCCAGGUCUUGCUUCAUGCUUGGGAAUGCAGAAGUGGCGCUUCUCAUUUAUUCUUAAAGCUACUGGUAGUUAAAGUAAAAUUCAGUAACAUUUUCUGACCAAGAGACAUGUUUUGUUAAACAACAAAAAGGUGCAUAUGGGUUCACAUUGAAAUACGUCUAUAUGCUGAAUAUAGCAACAUAUGCAUCUAAGAUUUGGGCAUUUGGUUAUUCAUGGGGUGCUGGACUAUUUAGGAAUAAGGAAAAUGUGGUUUAUCACUUAAGAGAAACAAGGGCUGGUAGCUGUACUAUUUUCACUCAGAAGCAUGUUCAUUUAUGUAGAUGCCACUUUAAGCUUUAUGAGAAUUAAAUGUGAGAUUUCUUCUUUGA